AUGGCAACUAUCCAAUAUGAGUUUUCAAGAAAAACAAGUAUGUUAUCUCGACAAGGAGGUGUGCCUGAGAUGGACGUGGCUGGACAGGUUUGCCAACUAUGUAUCGGAGCAUACAAGUACCUGUCGGAGCUAUGGAGGAAGAAGCAGUCGGAUGUGAUGAGGUUUCUGCAGAGGGCUAGGUGCUGGGAGUAUCGCCAACAGCCUUCCAUCGUUUGUCCUGACAAGGCCCCCCCAAGCAGCCAUGGAUCGAUAUUUUACUUAGUCUUGUGUUUCACUGAGUCUGGGGCUGACCUCUCUUGGUUCUUUUGUGGUCCACCGUGUCGUGUUAGACGUGGAGGUCGCAAGAGGCCAGUUCCUAAGGGUAUCGUGUAUGGUAAACGUAAACCCACCAACCAGGGAGUUACUCAGCUCAAAUUCCAGCCCAGUAAAAGAUCUGUUGCUGAGGAACGUGCUGGUUGCAAAUUGGGCGGCCUUAGAGUUGUCAAUGAGAACUCUACCUACAAGUACUAUGAGAUCAUCCUAGUUGACCCUGCACCCAAUGCCAUCCGGAACGAUCCAAGGACCAACUGGAUCUGCAACCCAGUGCACAAACUCAGAGGGCACACCUCGGAAGGAAAGAAGAUUCGUCGUGGAAGGGGUCACAACAACCACAAGAACCGUCCUUCCCACAGGUCUACCUGGAAGACAAACAACAGCAUCUCUCUCUCCGUCUUUACCGAUCAUCAACUCUAUGUUUUGUUUUUAUCAAGUGGUAUAUCUUCUGUGUGGAUCUAUAUUUCUGAAUUCUAG